GCACGCACGGCAGCCGCAGCCACCUCGCGCCCUGUCCCGCGGUCGCAUCCAGAGCUGCAGCUAGCCGGUCAUCGCCGCCUCGGCAGCGCAUUUCGUGGGUCGGUCCCUCCGGCACACGAGCUCCAGCAGCGCCGCAGCCACCCUCCAGACCCUUCAGGCCGCCUCAGUCUCCGCGCCCGGCCCGAUCCAGCCCGCAAAAAUGGUGGACCGCGAGCAACUGGUGCAGAAAGCCCGGCUGGCUGAGCAGGCGGAGCGCUACGACGACAUGGCCGCGGCCAUGAAGAACGUGACAGAGCUGAAUGAACCACUGUCCAAUGAAGAAAGAAACCUCCUUUCUGUGGCCUACAAGAAUGUAGUUGGGGCACGCCGUUCUUCCUGGAGGGUCAUUAGUAGCAUUGAGCAGAAGACCUCCGCAGAUGGUAACGAGAAGAAGAUAGAGAUGGUCCGUGCCUACCGUGAAAAAAUAGAGAAGGAGUUAGAAGCGGUGUGUCAGGAUGUGCUGAGCCUUCUGGAUAACUACCUGAUCAAGAAUUGCAGCGAGACCCAGUAUGAGAGCAAGGUGUUUUACCUGAAGAUGAAAGGGGACUAUUACCGCUACCUGGCUGAAGUAGCCACCGGAGAGAAGAGGGCGACCGUGGUCGAGUCGUCUGAGAAGGCCUAUAGCGAAGCGCAUGAGAUCAGCAAGGAGCACAUGCAGCCUACUCACCCCAUCAGAUUAGGCCUGGCCCUUAACUACUCCGUUUUCUACUAUGAGAUCCAGAAUGCCCCGGAGCAAGCGUGCCACUUGGCCAAGACCGCUUUCGACGAUGCCAUCGCCGAGCUCGACACUCUCAACGAGGACUCCUACAAGGACUCCACUCUCAUCAUGCAGCUCCUCCGCGACAACCUAACGCUCUGGACAAGCGAUCAGCAAGACGACGAUGGUGGAGAAGGCAACAAUUAAGGCCCCCAGGUGGACUGGCAGCGCACGCUGAUGCUACUACUGCAGUCUUUAUUUUUUUCCCAUGAGUUGGGGGUCGGGUGGGGGAGGGAAAAGGAGGGAUGACCUUCCUAGGGAGAAACCCACGACCUGUCCUGUCUUUGAUCGCCUCUUUGACAUUUUUGCCAAAAUACCACUAGUGGAAAGUCAGGCUAGCUGUGCUGGUAUUGGAAUAGCAGCCUCACACUGGCAUAUGGACUGUUCUGUAGAUUUAUGCAAAUGGAGCUGUCUGUCUUUAAUUUAACUUAUUGCUAGAUAAUAGGGUUUUAAGAUGAAAAGAAAACUUAAAUGGAAUGGCCCUCAUUCAAUAAGUUCUGUGGUUCCAGUAAGGAUUUUUAUGUACAUAUGCUCUUGUCUUAAGUUUUGGGUAUUUUCUAUCUCAUCUUUUUGAACUGUGCAUUUUUUUUUUUUUUCAGGGUGUACUCUGCAGGCAUGGAAUAGUUUAAAUCCCAAACUGACAGACUUAGAACAUAAGGUAUAUUCAUCCUUAUAGCUUAGGCCUUGCCAGUUUUCUGAAAUCUCUGAUUAGUUGACAGUAUUAACACUAAAUUACAGUUUACAGUAUUUCUACAUUACAGCCAUAUGUAACAUCAAGCCAUUGAUUGUGUAUUUUUUCAUUUUCCUUUGCUAGUGAUUUCGGCUUAACAUCCAUAUUCAGCCUUAUCCAGGUUGGUUUUGCUGUUCUCUGUCUCCUCAGCCAAAACCCUUGCCUGGGGAGAAUCAAAGCUACUCUACGUUUUGGUUAAUAGGUGCUUGGCAGGUGGCUGUGGGAUUUUUGUCCUUUUUUCUUCUUAACUUAAAUCCACCACAGAAAUUAUUAAUCACUUUAAUAGAAAUGUUAAACACCACAAAAAUAGAGAAAAUUCAGGUCUGUAUGUCAUUUAUUGUGUUGAUCUUUUCAGAGAAUAUCCUGAUUUUAAGCUGCCACAGCUCCUUCCUCAGGGAUUAUGCUGCCAUUUCACUCUUCACUUGAGUCUUUCCCACUGUACCUUAUUCUGAUGCUUCUCAGUUGGGUUGAGAAGCUGUUGAGUUGUAGAAGCUGUUGGUGGUCAUUUUGAGAACAGUGUGGUGCAGUGUGUGAAAAUUCAGGUGCUAGAAAUUUACUGGUAGAAAAUCCAAAAGGAAGAGCUCUAUUCAUAAUAAACAUUCUGUCCAAUUUCGGGAGCCUUGUAAGUGUGUCAGUUUUUCCUCCCUGAAAACACUUUUCACCAGGUAAUUGUUUAUAGGAAGGUAAACUAAAAUCAUAAUAAACACUUAACUCCUAUUUGACCAAAACCUUUUCUACAUAUUUUUUCCUUUUUAACAAAAGCAUUGAAUUUGGAGAUUGAUUUCUCUCUUCUGCAAUCAGUGCACAUUUUGGAAUUGACGGAAACUACAUUGCUAUUUCCACAGAUUUGUUUUCAGUUAACCUUAGAUCCUUUGUCCUCAUUUUUGAUAAAUCUGUCUGAAAACAUGACCUGUUGCAUGUGUGUUCAGUAUUUUCCCUGAGAUCAGUAACAGUGUGAACUCCCGAGAUAGGUGAUGACACCAAGAUUUGUUUUGUUUAUUGUUGUUGGGUUUUUUUUUUUUUAGACAAGGGAGAGGUCUGAGUAAUAGUUGAGGAAAAACUUGAGUUGCUUUUGCUACUACCAAAAUUGACCUUAUAGUUACAACAUGGAUAGGUUUUAGUAGGAUCUAGUGACAGUGAAGAUAGAAUGAUGAUAAUACUCUGUCAACAGUGCACAGUUUUCCCAGCAUGACUUUCCUUAGAAGGUCCCCUCCAUGUUAGAGUGCAGGUCCUGCAAGAACGAAUAAGAAAGCCUUGCUGCUUUUGUACCACUUAGGGGCUUAACGACAAUGCCAUGGAUGGGAAAAGGUGGGGGGUGGGGGAGGGCUUUCCUUGACUUAUCUUCAUGUCCAGUGAGCAGUGUUGUGUCCUUCCUUGUAGCAUUUGGAAAUGAUUUACUGGAAUUACAAAACCUAUUUUCCUUUUAAAUUUCAGCUUUGGCUCUGGCUGCUUUAUAGAAUAAUGCAAGAUAAAAUCAUACCUGAGGGCUAAAAUUGAAGAGGAAUGGGAGACUUGGUAUUUAAGCAGCUGAAUGGUUUCUUUUCUUUUCUUUAUUUUUAAAGAAAUGCACUUGCCUAUGAUACUGUCUCUCCAGUGAAAUGAUUACUCCUCCAUUACUCUAUUGAUACAAUAUUGUGCAUGCUAGUGUUGUAUUUCUAUACAGUAGCUUGAAAUUUAUUAACUUAUACUGUAGAUGUUAUGUAUUCCUAUGACAAAAAAAAUUAAGUCUUCAAAUUUUUUAAAGUUUUUUUAAUUUAAUUUUUCCUUUUGGGGGUAAAGUUUGCUCUACCAAAUAGUGAUCGUAACAAAUGAUCUGUUUUGGAUGUUGCUAUAGUGACAUGCAGUUAUAUAUUUUGUUUUUAAGGGGGGGGGGGAGCAAAAGAAACACCAGUGUUAGCUUAAUCUUAAUGUCUGGUGUUUGUCAUGGUGAAAUUAUAACUAUUACAGUGUAGGAGAACAAUGAAUAUGUUCUCUGAAUGAGCCUUUGUGCUUUUGUCAUGUUAUGCAGUGAACUAUUUUUAAGGUCUAAUCAGUGAUUAUUUUUCCAACUCCGUGUUUCUCUAAAGAAUUAUUUCACACACGGACCAUUCUUAGCAGUUUUCCUCAGUGAUGGAAUAUCAUGAAUGUGAGUCAUGUAGCUGUCGUACAUUGAGCAAAUAAACUUACAGAUCUGA